AUGUUUAAUCAAAUUUUAGAAUUUCCGGGACUUUUUAAUAGCUCUAAACAUGUCUGUCAAAUAAUCUUUCAAAAAUAUGUCUGUGAAAUUUCCUCUUCGACUGGAUCAUUCAGUGAGAUAGAAACACUUGGAAGUGAUACUAGAGGAGUAUACUACAGAGGAAAGCUUAGUAAUGGAAGCCAAGUAGCUGUGAAAAGAUUCUCAACUGAAUUUUUCAGCACACAUAGAUCCGAUAAGAAGCGAUUGUUGAAAGAAAUGAAAGUCACUAGUCAUGUUGGUCACCCGAAUUUGCUUCAUAUAAGGGGACGGUGUCAAGACAACAAUGAAAUCAUUACAGUCUAUGAUUUUGUCCCUAAUGGAAGCCUCGACAAAUGGCUAUUCGGAGCUGGUGUUCUUCCGUGGACGCGUCGGUUCAAAGUCAUCGAAGAUGUAGCUGAUGGCUUGAGUUUCUUGCACAGUAAACAACUAGCUCACAAGAACAUGAAAUGCAGCAGUGUUUUUCUAGAUGUCAGCUUCAGAGCUGUUUUGGGAGAUUUUGGAUUUGUGCUAUUGGGAGCAGAAUCAAAACAGUUUGAGGCAGUAGUGUGUAAUGGUGCUGAUGUGUUUGAGUUUGGUGUGGUUGUGUUGGAAGUGAUUGGUGGAAGGCCAAGGGUGGAGGAAACAGAUCAAGGAAAUUCGGAAGAGAGGAACUUAUUGGAUUUUGCAUGGAACUUGCAUGAGACUGAUGAGAAAGUGAAGCUGGUUGAUAGAAGAAUAGGAUCGUUGAUCAAUUUGGAGCAAGCGAUUCGAGUUAUGGAAAUAGGGUUGCUUUGUACUUUAAAUGAGAACAAAGGAAGACCUUCGAUGGAGCAAGUUGUAGAGCUUCUGCAUAACAUGGAGAAGCCUAUUCCUGAGUUGCCAAGAACAAGACCAGUUACUUUGUUUCCUUAUAAGUUUUAA